CCAAGGAGACGACAUGGCCUUCAAGGAGCGGAGGCAGAGGAGGAGUACAGCAGCGACCGUCCACCACAUUGUGGUCCCUUUAAAUCUUCUUCCCUUGGCAGCUCCAAUUUUCAGUGUUGCUAUAGCAAAUCUCCAUGGCAAUGACCCUAAUCGGGGAAGGGGGGAUGCAGGGGGAGCGCAUGCUCAGAGUGGCUGCUGGAGCCUCGCCUGCUUGCUACAGCUGAUCCGAGGGUCUGGCACACAGGCGAAGAGAAAGAUCAGGCAGGGAAGAAAGCUUGAAUUAUUGAUGAGAGUAAUGGCGUUGCCGUCUGUCUGGAGCGUGAUGCGUGUGGCGAUCCCAUUCAUCUCGGUGGUUGGCCUGCUAAGUGUGAGGCUUGUAGGGGCCAGUCAGGACUCUGGGAGUGUCAUUCCUGCAGAAAGUCGUCCCUGUGUUGACUGCCAUGCAUUUGAGUUCAUGCAGAGGGCGUUGCAGGAUUUAAAGAAGACGGCGUAUAAUCUAGACACGCGGACAGAAACCCUCUUCAUGAGAGCAGAAAAGAGAGGCCUGUGUGAUUGCUUUCGUGCCAUACACUGAAAAGAGCACUGGGAUUUGGCCAAUGGACAUUUAUUCUUUUUUAAAAUGCUGUUCAAUAAAUUACAGGAAGAUGCAGAGUGCAAGUUGUACGACACUGCAAGGAAAACAAUUUUUAUCCAAACAGGUACAGCUCGGCUAGAUCAUUUUUGCUUUGAUGUGUUUUACCAUUACUGUAUGCGAUAGUGCAUCUGCUGAAAUGUCAACAGAAGAAACUGUGCCAAAGUCUCACUCAUGGGUUUCAUGUAAGGAUAGCAUCUCACUUUUCUGGUAUUUCAAGCCAGAAAUUGUCCUUGGACUCUUAGGUAAACCCCUCAGCCCAUGUGAAUUGCCAUAGAUCUGUGAAAGUCAGUGAAGUCAAAUUCCUUAAUAUCUUUAUGGUAGAAUGUGUCCCUAACAUGAAAAGGAAACUACUUUGCAAUGAUACAUAGCUAAACAUUUACAAACAAGUAGUCAUGACUUUAUAUAGAAAUUAAUAGUUGUCACUGACUGCUUGGCAGUCCAAGGCAGGUAUUUGUUCCCAAUUGUAUCAGUAGUCCAGUGCACUGCAAACACAGUAAUCUGUAUCACAAUUUUAAUUUCUUCAGAGCCACACAGUAGCUGUGAUCUUUUUAGAGAGAUUUAUUAAGUAUCUAAUGUGAUCAGUAACAUUUGUAAUCGCAUGAAUACUGCCUGGCAAUUGAACUGAUUGUGUCUGCCAAAAUCGUCUGGAGAAGUGUCUUUCAUUAAGCAAAUCACAUACUGGAUUGAACCACUCAAACUGGCCUCUACAGAGAGUUUUGGCAGAGAGCCUACAAAACGCCUGCCUGCCCAGGAGUAUCCUGCAAACUGUAGUUUGAGAAAUAUUAAAGUUCUACCAAAAUGGUCCAUAGCUCUUACAUGGACUUUACACUCCAUAGCAGUGGGUUACAGGGCUGAUACUAUUAGUAGUCCUGGUGUAGUCAGUGAGAGACAAGAGAGAACAAAACAAUUUAGGCAGUGUAGUAGUAGUAGAUGAUGAGAUUGCACCUUGUUACUCUUCGAAAAAGAAUAGCAAAUCCUUUCUUAUUGUUUUCCUUUGUUUUGGGGAGGAGAGCAGAAAAUGGCCCCAAUGGAAAGUUCUUGUGGAUAAUAAUAGAUUUUUCAUAGCACUUAAAGUAUCAUCCCCAAAGUAUAAUUAAUAGAGAUUUGUAUAUCAGCUAGAGCAUCUAUGUACAGGCUAGAAACUUUUACACAAACAAGAAUAUGGGAGCAGUAUCAACAACAGUGGUUUUCAAAGUCAUUUUACCAACUCUUAUUAAUAUGGAUAUCUUCCCAUAAGUGGCUGUUAUUUUGCUGUCAGGCUGCUCAGCAAGUUGCGAUGGUAGCUAUCUGCAUGUUUCCAAACCGCUUCUCUCCCAUUUAGUCUACCACAUUAGGCACAGGGAAGUAGGGAACUGUGACCCACUGCCAACUUAUUAGUUUGUGUGCAGUCGCACUCAAUAACCCAAAGGGGUGUAUUGCCAUAUACUCUGCCAAAGUUGUUUGAAAGGCAUGUGGUUCUCGGGAAGGAAAAGCUUCCUUGCACCUGCAUUCCAAGUAAGAAAUUUGCUUUGUCCCUUGUAGUAUUCUAGAAAAACCCUUCAUAGGUCAUCAGGACCUAGUUUGUAUGAAAGAGAGGCAGCAUGACACAGCAAGAUAGUGCUUCUAGCAGCAUUACACUCCACUGUACCACUGGUAGCUGACUGAUGGGAGCAAUAGAGGUUCUUAUCAUAGACCAUAUUUUAUUUUACAGAUAAAAUAAUAGGUUUAACACAACUCCUUUGCAAAAUACCAACCUGAGGUUACUUUACUCCCACUUAGAUUUGAACCAAAGUAAUGCAUAAUUUUGAGUUGUUUUUUUCAGGAGGUAGAGUUCUAGCACUGAACCUGUGACUUUUCCAGCACAGCUCACCUGUCAGGGGGCAGCAUGUCUAGGGUUUGUGUUGCAAUUGUGCAUGCUUAUUCUGCUGGUACCUUAAAGAAUCUUGCAAAGUCCUGUUAGCAAGCACUGGUUCACUGGUUUUUUGGCUGUGUUUUUAUUUAGAAAAAUGGUUGCUCACAGCUGAGUUUUGAUAUAUGCAGCUUGUUAUGAUAAAAAGGUGGAAUGAAUGACAAGUGGAUGUUCUCUGACUCCCAAAGGGAUCAGAGUGACACUGCAACAUUUAUGGUUGUGAUGGCAGUGAUGAUUCUGUAUGUAGUCCUCUGUUUAUAAAACAAUACAAUAAAAGGGCAAGAUGCAUUAUA